AUGCAUCUAUCAGUAACUGAAAUUGUAAGAUUAAAAUUGGUGUGGUAUGAUAAAACUUGUGCUACACUGACUCAAGAAGCCACACUAUCUCCAGAUAUCCAGAUCUGCGACAAUAUUGAUUUGGAUGUGAUUUUUAAGGAGUACGAUGGCUACUAUAAGACGAAGUUCAAUAAGUAUCCUAUGCUGUGUAAGAAGGUUGCUAAGAAUGCAAACACAACAUCUUGCAGAGAAUAUAAGACAAAAGUCAGAUCAACUGGCAAACAAACAAAAACUGAGCAAGUGAAAGAGAAGAAUGCACAGCAACAGAUGGAUGAUGAUCCCGUGAACGAUUUUAACCAUUCAUUGACAAUAACGCCGAUUUUCGCCCACGAGCACAGGGAUGGAUCUUUAUCGCAAAAUAGUAUCCCGAAGGAACAAUCUAUGCAAUCAAAAAUUUCAAAAUGCAUUGAAAAACUCUAUUCGGCAAAUUCGGAAUUGCGAAAGAUCGCUGAAGACGUGUCAAAUGAAAUAGUUUUAAACAAUUUAAAUGUACAUUGGGAUGACGUAAUAGGCUUAGAACAAUGUAAAAAUGCUGUCAAGGAAGCCAUCGUAUAUCCUCUUAAAUAUCCUAUUUUCUUUGCCAAGUUAUUUUCUCCCUGGAAAGGUAUUCUUUUAUAUGGACCACCUGGUACAGGCAAGACGAUGUUAGCGAAGGCAGUAGCGACCGAAUGUAAUUGCACCUUCUUCAAUAUUACGGCUAGUUCGUUAGUCAGUAAAUGGAGAGGUGAUUCUGAAAAGUAUAUACGUGUUCUGUUUGAUCUUGCCUACAGUCAUUCACCCACAAUUAUUUUCAUUGAUGAAAUAGAUUGGAUAGCUACAGUAGAAAAUAAUUUAUUGUCGGAACCUGCAAAAAGAUUUAGAUCAGAACUUCUGACAAGAAUGGAUGGAUUGGUAUCUACUGAAAAUUCAAAUGUAGUUCUUUUGGCUGCAACUAAUUCUCCAUGGAACAUUGAUGCAGCUUUACUUAGACGACUUGAGAAACGAAUAUACGUUUCAUUACCCGAUGAAAUUACUCGUCUUCAUAUGUUCAGAUUAUAUCUUAGCGAUGAGAUGUUGGAAGAUCAGAAUGAAAUAAACAUGAUAUUGGAAAUGACUAAAAGUUAUUCUAGUGCAGACAUAAAAUUGCUUUGUAAACAAGCAUGGAUGACACAAAUAAGUCCAAUAUGCAAGCAACUCGAUCAAAAAGAAAUAUCUAUUACACAUUUGAUAUAUAAAUUAAAAGAUUUUGAAGUAUUAAAACAAUUAAUUGGGCAAAUAUCACCUACAGUUACAAACAUAAAUAAAUACACUCAGUGGGACAAUCAUAAAACAAACAAACAAAUAUUAAAAAAUACAACAGCAUAUAAUUAUAACUAAAGAUAGGUAUCUUUACCAAUUUGCAACCACUUCCUAAAUACUGUUCUUUAGGUACAAAUUAUAUGCACGAGGUAUACCCAGAGUAACUAUGAUGACUACAUAGUUACUAUGAUAAUUACUAUAGACGAUAGCUAUUGCUAAUCUUUUGGUGUAAUAUUGUGUAAUAUUAUAUUAUCUAUAAUAUAUA